AGGUUUGCCUCCGUUUACUCUAAUUGGGUUGAGUUGUUCACAAGGUCAGCGGAGCAGUUUAAUGCCGUUCUUCAAAUUUGCUGGAUCGAAACUUUUUUUUCUUGAUUAGAAAACUUACACCAUAUAUUCCUUGCUGCUAUCACUUUCAUCUAUUUUGCAGAAUCACCGAUUACUACCUACAACAUACUAAAACCCUAAACAACAGGUAUUGCUAGAGCUUGCAGAAUCACCGCCGUAUCAGAAUCGGCUUGAUUCAAUUAGAUCAAACCAAAACAACUUGUUGAAUGUUUGUCAAGCUAAAUGGCUGCAAAACAAACACAGGCCUGAGCAUUUUGCCAAAUAUUUGGUAGCAAAAUUUGCUGCAAACCAAACAACUAGAGCUCACCAAAAUUUUGGUCAUGCCCAUGCUUUGGUAGUGCCAAAAUUUUGGCAGGGCUGGCUGGGGCUUAAACCAAAUUUCGAUGCAUUAAUUUUCAAGUUUCUGGGAUCAAAUUUAUAUGUCAAGUGAACUCUUUGUUUUGGUAAGAGUUUCAAUAAACUGCUCAGUCAAGUUAUAUUGAAAUGCUAAACAUGGUAAUCAUUAUGGAAUGUAUUGCUUGAACCACUGGUAGGAAUAAAUCUCUGAAGCGCCUCAGUGGAUCUACAACCUAAACCAUCAUACACUUCUCACUUUGCACCGGCUUUUAGAAAGGAAAUUUGAAACGAGCAAUGUUGUCCAUAGUGACACAUGGGUUCGACGGAACCUGGUGGAAAGAGCUUGUAGGUAUUGUGGCAGCAUGCUUGCUAGGCCUAGAACUAUUUUCCAUCUCCUCGUCGAGCUCUACGUCAUGGAUGCUAUAGCGUUGCAUCCCUGAUCUUUUGCUCUGUAGCCUCUUGAAGUACUUCUGUGCGUGGCUCGAAAUCUGAACCGGAGUCCUGGAUGUGACGAAGUACUUGGAAAUGUCCUUCCACUUUCCACUGCCAUAGCCCCUCAACCCUCGAAGAAAGAGCCUACAAUAACGAGGUCAGGCUCUAAUUUUUGAUUAAAAUAGUGACUGAUAGUUGUUUCAUUAGUUGAAGCAAAUAGUACCACGGAGAUAUGGUUUUCUAGAUAUAUGGAUGCUAACCACACAUAUCCUUUCAAAGAAGUUGUGUGUAAUUUACUAAAUGAAAUAAUUCAAAAACAAUAUUUUAAGCAUUUACAUCUAGAAACAUUUGUAUACAUAUCUAAUCAUUCGCAACAAAUGUUUAUUUUUUAUUCCCAUUAAUUUAGAUAUGAUAUCAAAUGAUUGGUGAGCAAACAUUUCAUAAUUACUGUGGUCAUAUUAAUAACCAUGACAUGACCAUACUUGCACUAGCUAGCAAUCUUAAAUUUAUUAUAAACAAACGAGUAAUGCUACCAUGUUAUCAUUUUACUCCCAUAAUACAAAAUGUACUCUAUCCAUAUAUUCUGCAGAAGAGUGAAAAAAAACUAAAUUGCUCGUCCUAUAACAAUCAAUACAUAUAUCAUACUUAAUUAAUAUACUUGUGUUUAAAAUGGACAUGACAUCAGCGAAACAAUAAUGAAGAGAAAAAACAAUAUCUUGACUAACAAAGGAUGGCAAAGAAAUAACCUGUGUUCCUCCGUGGUCCAAAACCUUUUGGUACAAUGCUCAACUGGCUGAUGGAUGGACAUCUUGUUCUCCAACACCUCUCCCUUGUUCUCCUUCGGCACCGGCACCUCCUUCAUAGUCUCCACGACUCCCGCAUGUUUCAAUGGGAAACCAUGCGAAAACUCCUUGUCGUCCAUGGAGACCUCCUCCUCCAGUACCCCAUAGUUCUUAUUCACAUGCCCAUCAAUGGUGCAGAUGACACCAUGCAUUCUAUCGGCACCACCGUACUCCUUUUCUUGACACUGCGUCAUACUCAUCUCCACGAAGAUAUCAACGUACAAGUCUCUUACCUGAUGCAUGGGCUUUGAAGGGAACUUUUCUUGAAGCUCACUGAUGAUGUUGAGCUUCUUGUUCUCUUCAUGAUAUCCGCCAGUGAUGAUCGACCUUGCUUCCUCUACCUCGGAGGAGGUCCAAUCCUGAUCUAUAUUGGCUCCUAGAUUCAUAGUGAACUAGAGGGAGUUGGAUACUACUGAACACAAUGAACAAUAUGAACUCUGAAGAGAAAAGGUGUGGAGAGGGUGAGUACUGGGACAUUGUAUUUAUAGAUGGUCAUGCAGCAACAAUAUUUUUUCCCAUAUCUUUUAUUAGUUAAACAAUAAUGGAUGCAAUCCAUGUUCGAUAUACAAUAUUAAAUUUAGAUAUACCAGAACUAAAAUAUAUAUAAAUUAACAACAUACUACGUUUGUGUGCCACAGUUUACCGCACCAAUGAAUAAAAAUAUAGAUGUUUGUCUACCUAGUCUUAAUCGCGUGCAGGUGUGGUGAAUUUGAUGUCAUCAUUUAUGUAUCGAUUAACCACUAUAUUCAUGGUAUGUCUGCACUAUGUGGCUUAAAAUUAAGCUAGUGCUUGCAUAAUAACACUUCUACAAUAUAUACCUAGGGUCUUUUGAAAACAUGUAAAAAAACUUAGGUUGCCUAAAUAACUGUUCUAGAGUGGAACCCUUAUACUGUGGUCGCCGCCAUCCUGCCUAGAGCACACCGAAUUCUAUCAUGAGUUAGCGGGUUUCGCUGGCACUUUGUAGUGACCAAUUAAUGAAACUUUGGUCAGCAAUAAAUGUACGCUUAAUUGUAUGAUUACUAUCUCUCUCUCUCUCUCAAAUAUAUACAUACGGACAAUAAAUGAUUCAUGAACUGUCAUCAGAUCGAAGCAUAUCUCAAUUUUGUCACGCGAUCAUUCACAGUAUUCUGACUUAAUAGAUGAGCAUAGGAAAUUUAAUCCCUUGACGCCGUGUCCUGAUUUUUUAAUUUCUCUCUUCUCAACCCUUUAAGUAAUCUACAAAUGACAACAUGCACAUUGAUUUUUUCACUCAACUUUUCCUUGAUAUGAACAUAGUUACUUGGUGUGUUGGACCAAUAUUAGCAUAUACAAGCAUAUGCAGUUUAUAGACGCAUGGUUGCAUGAGUGAAUGAUGCAAGAUCAAUAUCCAUGGUCUAGAAAGGAUCAAGUGUUGCUUUUGAAAUCAAAUAUGGGAUAUCUGAGUUAACAUUGAAAGCACUGAGAUGUUGUCUUGUCAGACCAAGAUUUGGAAAAUCCAAACACUCUCUGCGUGUGUAUUGUGCAUAGUCUAGGAUCACUUUAGUGUAUGAAAAUAAAUAAAAUGAAGUUUACAUCCUUGUAUAUGGUUGUACUAAACAUAUAACAUAUUUCACCAAAAAAUUCAAAUGAUGCUGAAAAAAUGAACAUGAACAUUAUAUGCUUCUAAUAACAUUGAACAUUUGGAAUGUUACAAGCCUUUAGUAAAUCCUUGAAAAAUCCAAAUUGGAAAUUUGGAAUGUUACCAGCCUUUAGUAAAUCCUUGAAACGAAAAAUAGAAUUUAUUAAGUCCCUAAAAUUUCAAAUAACAACAUAAAAUUCCAAUGGGUCCAAACAAAAUGAUUUGAACGUGCAAAAUUCUCUCAACCAUGUAUAAUUUGGAUAGUCAUUUUAAAGUACAGAGGACGAGGACGUGAUACGAGUUGUUUCCCCCAAACAGCGAACCCAUUUCGAACUCUGCCGCACGGCGCCGGGUCUCCGGCUCUCCGCCGGUUGACACCUUCUUUCCAGUUUCCGUUCGGUCCCUCCCGCAUCGGCGCUUCCGCCUCCAACAAUGUCCGCAGCCCGGCGUCUCGCGGCGGCGCUCCCUAAACUGCGAGCAAAGCGCCCCGUCUCCUCCUCCUCCGCCGCCUCCCCACCAACCCAAACGCCGACCGCCGCCUCCCUCCUCGCCGACCUUCUCUCCGCGCCCACUCCUUCCGCCUCCGCCCUCACCCUCCUCCGCGACGCGCCAUCACUCGCAGCCGAGUUAUACUCCCUCCUCGCCGCGCCCUACCACGGCUUCGACCCCGCGUCCCUUGCGCUCCUCUUCUCCCUCCCCUCAUGCCACCGCCUCCCGCCCCCUUCCCCGCGCAUCCUCUCCGCUCUCCUCUACAAGAUCCUUUCGCGCUCUCCGUCCUCCUCCGCCGACGCCGCUCGUUUCCUCCGCGACUCGCUCGCCGCUGGCGCCCCGCCGCCGGACACCUCUGCGUUCAACACCCUCCUCGACGCGCUCGCUCAAGCAGGGGACCUUCCCGGAAUGACCCAACUCUUCGCCUCCAUGCGGGAUGCUUCCGUCCGGCCCAACGUUGUCACCUACGGCAUACUCGUGAAAGGCCUCUGCAAAGCUGGCCGCGUGGGGGAUGCGCUCAGCGUGCUUGAUGGAAUGUCCGGCCCAGAGUCGGACGUUUGCCCGGAUGUUGUCAUGCUGAACAACAUCGUGGAUGGGUUGUGCAAGACUGGGAGGCUGCAGCAGGCCGUGAAAUUUGUGGAAGAGAGGAUGAGGAGUGUGCAUGGGUGUGCGCCCAACACGGUUACUUAUAACUGUUUGGCCCAUGCAUUUUGCCGUGCGGGGAAUGUUGGCAUGGCGUGUGAGUUGGUCGCGAAGAUGGAGAAGGAGCGUGUGACACCGAAUGCUGUUACUCUGAACACGAUUGUUGGUGGCUUAUGCUGGGUAGGGAGGGUUGGGGCUGCGCUGGAGUUCUUCAGGGAGAAAAGAACAGUUUGGCCUGAAGCCAGGGGCAAUGCGGUGACCUACAGCACUCUGGUCGGGGCUUUCCUCCACACCAACAACGUGGGUGUGGCCAUGGAGUUGUUCCAUGAGAUGGUGGAUGAAGGAAACUCACCAGAUGCAAUCAUGUAUUUCACCAUGAUAUCAGGAUUGACACAAGCAGGGAGGUUGGAUGAUGCUUGGUCAAUGGCGACGUCAAUGAAGAAGGCAGGCUUUCAGCUGGAUGCAAAAGCAUACAAUAUUUUGAUUGGUGGAUUUUGUAGGAGGAAGAGGCUGAAUGAGGCUUAUGAGUUGCUUGGGGAGAUGAAGGAAGCCGGUCUCCAACCAGAUGUAUACACCUACAAUACCUUGUUGUCUGGCCUGUGCAAAGCAGGAGAUUUCUUGGCUGUGGAUGAAUUAUUGGGGAAGAUGAUUGAUGGUGGUUGCCGGCCUUCUGUGGUCACCUUUGGUACACUUAUACAUGGAUAUUGCAAAGUUGGUCAAAUUGAUGAGGCGUUGAGGAUUUUCCGGUCUAUGGAUGAAUCUGGCAUUCAGCCCAACACCGUGAUAUACAAUACUUUGAUUGACUUCCUCUGCAAGAGCAGAGAUACUAGUUUAGCAAUUGAACUGUUUGAUGAGAUGAGGGAGAAGCAUGUGCCUGCAAAUGUAACAACCUUCAAUGCAUUGUUGAAGGGUCUUCGUGAUAAGAACAUGCCAGAAAAGGCAUUUGAACUGAUGGACCUCAUGAGGGAAGGGAGGUGUACUCCUGAUUACGUGACCAUUGAUAUUCUCAUGGAAUGGCUGCCUGUCAUUGGUGAAACAGACAGAUUAAAGCAUUUUAUGCAGCAUGACACCACACCCAAAAGGAUGACCACAUAAGAGUAUGCUUAGUUAGCACCAUGAAAUCUGUUUUGCUCAAAGGAUGGAGCCAUGAAGUUUGCUUCAGAUUAACCAUGAGUGACAAUAUCAAGGUUUAAUUGUGAUGGGAAAAUCAAAGUUUGUUAAGCUUAUGUGAGAAUUAGAAAACCAGCUUAUGAGCCCGACUAACCUAAUUUAAUGGAUGCCCUUGUGAUCAUAAUUGUCUGCACUCUGCAAUCAUAAGCUGCGUUAUAGCAGUACAUUUAAAUAUAGGUCAUACUGAAGUCCCUGCAAUCUCAUUCAUCGCAUAUUGUGGCAGCUGGUCAAAAUUUGUUGCUAAUAAGGGCACAACUGGUUGGGUAAUCACCAGUUCCUUUGUCUGGUGUUUGCAGAGCUCAUUAUUGAAGAAGGCCGAAAGCAGAUAUAUUUACACCUAAUCACUUGCUUAACUGCUCGAUAUGCUGUAGUGGAAUAGACAACAACACAUGCUUGUACAACCAUUUACAUCAAAUUAGGCUCUUAACAUAUGGUGUGCAGUUUAUCCUGUGGAUAACAUGUCGAUUUUCUGUUCUUGUUUCUAUCUGAUGAACUAUAAAACAGGACAUCGUUGUAUGUUGCAAUUGUCACCAUGGCAACUGUUAGUAAGUCUACCUGUCACGUUUUCACACAUAGUUUUUACCUUUCAAUCUCCUUUUUUCCUCUGAAAUUUAGACUGUAUGUUGAGGUGCUAAGAUAUUCUUUCUCCUCUACAGGUUAUGGUGACAUUCAUGCUGUAAAUGUCAGGGAAAUGGUAUUUAUCAUGAUUUAUGUUUCCUUUGAUAUGAUUAUCAGAGCCUGCCUCAUUGGUAACAUGACUGCACUUAUUGCCAAAGGCUUGAGAACCGAGCGAUUUCGUGACAAAAUGAAAGAAAUUAUCAGGUGUAUGAACAGAAAUAAACUUGGGAAGGACAUAAGGGAACAGAUCAAGGGACAUUUGAGAUUGCAGUAUGAGAGCAGCUGCACUGAAGCUUUGGUUCUUCCUACCAGGAGGUGCUAUUUUGGAGCAAGGAAGUGCAGUUGAUCAGAUAUACUUUGUCACGGUGAACCGGUGGGUACAAGUGGAAUAAUUUCUUUGUUCUUUGACUCUUUGGGCAUUUGGAUGAGUUUUGUAUUGCAUACCUUAAUAAAAGGAGUAUACUCUCAAUUCC